AAAGAAAAAAGAAAAAGAAAAAGAAAAAGAAAAGAAUUCAGAAAGUAAAACCAGAGCAUUUAUCUGUGACAGCAAAGACUGUGAAACUCAAAUCCCUGGUUGCUUUGUGCGCAAUCGGCGAUUUCUGGGGGCGAGGGUUUUUCGUUAGGGUUGGAAAUGGUGGUGGAGACCGUGAUAAUCGACAUGGAUGAGGACCCAAAGGGCCAGGAAAUGAACUGUCAGGAUCGACCUAGAAAGACCCAGAAGCGAAAGAGGGCGUAUUUGGGACAAGAGCCCCCAAAACCUGAGGAAAAAGCGGCACAGAUCGAGGCUCUGAGCGCAGAACUCGACGGGUUGUUCAGUUACUACAAGGAAUUGAAGGAAAAAAGAGUGGUUUUCGAUCUGGGUAUUUGCGGUUCGACCAAUGCGGUGGUGGCGGCGUCGAUGGAGGAGAGUGAGCUUCCAUUGUCGAAGCUUGUGGAAGAGAUUCACGAGAAGGUGAAGGGGAGAGGGGUCACGGUGGCGUCGGUGAAGAGCAGUGUGCUGUUUGUGGGGCAGAGGGUGAUUUACGGGGUGCCCAAUGCGGAGGCGGAUGUGCUGGAGGAUGAGUCCGAGGCGUGCCUUUGGUGUUGGGAGACAAGGGAUGUAAAGUUGAUUCCGAAACCUAUGCGUGUAACCUUGAAUUUUAGGCGCACUUGUCGAAAAAAGAUCCAUGAGAGGAUUAUUGCAGUUUCUGGAAUGAUGACAGCAUUACGAAAGUCAGAGACUGAUAAGAAUUGCGAACACAACCUGACAAAGGCAUUGGAAAAGCUUGUUAAAGUGCAUAAUGAAGCAGAAAUACGUUCAUAUAUGGAUAAGCUGUUACAUAAAAAUGGAGCAGACAUGGCUGAAAAGGAAGCAAAACGAGAAGAGAAAUUGCUAAUUAAAGAAAUGGAGAGAAAUAAAAGAGAAGCUGAAAAAGAGAAGAAAAGAAUGGAACGUGAACUUCAGAAGGAGAAAGGGCAAACUCAAGAGGAAGCUGAGAAGGAUCAAAGGCGUCGAGAAAAGGAAGAAGCUGAACUGAGAAAGCAACUUUCUAUACAAAAGCAGGCUUCAAUCAUGGAACGUUUUCUUAUGAGAAGCAAAACUAGCCCAUCAUGCAAGAAUGACCAAUCUUCAGCCAAAGCAGCCACAUCUGAUUCAUCAAGUAAAAAGUGUGGAAAUAUGCCUGAUGCAGUUACUUUAUCAAUGGACUCUGCCCUAUCGUCAAAUGAUGACAUCAAUGGUGACGAAAUCCGCAAGUUACACUUUUCUUCUUGGCGCUGCUUAGGUCAUUCUAUCUGUUCAAACAGAAAGCAGCAUUGGGGCAUUCGUCAGAAGCCUAAGACUAAGCUAUUUAAGGAGCUUAAGCUCUCAACUAGUAGAGGACUGGCUCAUGAUGAUGACUUGGGCAUAGAUAAGCUUGUUUGUGGAUGGGGAGAACAGACUUCUGAUGAAAGAUCAUACCAUGCUAAUGCAGAUAGUUCUCUUUGCAAUGUCAGUAAGUGUAACUGGGGGAAGCAGUUGUUGCAGUUUGAUAAGAGCCAUAGACCUGCAUUUUAUGGUAUUUGGCGUAAAAAAAGUCAUGUUGUUGGCCCACGCCACCCUUUUAAGAAGGACCCAGAUGUGGAUUAUGAUGAAGAUAGUGAUGAGGAAUGGGAAGAGGAGGACCCUGGUGAAAGUCUUUCAGAUUGCGAUAAAGAUGAAGAAGAGGAAAGUCUAGAGGAAGGAUGUUCAAGAGCUGAUGAAGAAGAUGAGAGUGAAGAUGGAUUUUUUGUACCUGAUGGGUAUCUCUCUGAAAAUGAGGGAGUACAAGUUGAGAGAAUGGAAACUGAUGUUGCAGUGGAGGAGGCCAGAAGCUCACCUAACUGUAAGCAAGACUCAAAGAGAGAUGAGUUCUGCUCAUUGCUUCGACAGCAAAAAUAUCUUAACAAUUUGACUGAGCAUGCUCUUCGGAAAAAUCAGCCCUUGAUUAUAUUAAAUUUGAUACAUGAGAAGACUGCUUUGUUAAUGGCCGAGGAUCUUAGUGGUACUCCUAAGCUGGAGCAGAUGUGUUUGCAAGCUCUGAGUAUGCGUGUUUUCCCUGAUGGCCCACCCAUAGAGAUAUCGAUUGAAAACACUCAAGAUGAGGAUCAAGAAGCUUGCCUGUCGGGUUCCAAGGGCAGCAGCACGCCAAUCUCAACUGUGAAUGCCAUAACGGAAUCAGACUUACCAACAAUUGUGUCUGCAAUUCAAUCAUCCCCACAGGGCAUCAGUAAGGUUGUAGAAUCUUUGCAGCAGAAGUUCCCUGCUGCCUCAAAGACUCUGUUAAGAAGUAAAGUACGUGAGGUAUCGGAUUUUAUGGAUAACCGCUGGCAGGUCAAGAAAGAAAUUUUGGACAAGCUUGGCUUGUCGCCAGAAAAGGGUGUGGGGAGGGCAAAAAAUAUUGCUGCCUUCUUUUCAAAAAGAUGCUUGCCGCCUACUGCUAAAAGUAUCAACAACAACCCCAAUGAAACCUCUCCUCAGCCAUCUUUGAAGCCAGGUUUUGCUGACCAGGGGGUAUCACAGUUGCACAUAUAAUAACACGUGUAGCCUCCUUGCUUUUGUUUAGUGAUCUGGUUUCUCUCACAAUGCUAGCUCUCCCCCAUCCAUUCCUGCCUCACUUUCUUUCAUGGCAUGUGUUUGUCAUUUGCUGGUCUUCCCGGAUACUGAAUUGUUACACUAAUUUUUUUUUUGUUUCAGAUGAGGGAAUUGAAUUACAAGUUAUUAG